CCAAAACACAUCUCCGAAACACGAGCCUUUUCGGGCUUAUACAACAAAAAACGGACCCCGGUAGUGUUUGGACAAAGUUUGCAUAAUGUUUUCACUAAAAGUGCUACCAUUCAGGAUGCUGCGUGCCGGCCCAGGCACGCCCCUUCGCACCAUCACACUGGGUGCGGCCAAAGCGACAAAGAAAAACGAACAGCAGCUGGAGAUUGAAGAAUCGGACGCUACAGAACUGCCCGUUACGUUUGUGGACGAUGAUCGUGAGUCCGCCGAAGCCCGGGAGGCACGGGUCGAGGCACUGCGUAACAAAUCGCGCCUACUGCCACAGCACCGGAACAUGCUGCACGAGCUGCUGCCCUACGAACAGUCACAGUCGUGGAUUCACGAAACGGUCAAGUAUAAGCGCAUGAUGCUGGGCCGGUACGGUGUCGCAGGCAGCCGUGUGGAUCCGAGAAUGUGCUUCCCAACUGCGAAAGAAGCACACGAAAAGGCGGAGUACGAUCGGGUGGCGUUUCCCUUCUCUCUGCGACAAAUGAUGGACGCAAACGAAACAGCCAAAAAGGCGCGCCAGGCGGAGAUCGAGACACGCGAAGCCGACAUUGCGCGCAAGCUGGAAAAACUCGACCAAUGGACGGCGGAUCUGAACGCACGCAUCGAGAAGAAGGAACGGGAGGCACGCCAGGCCAAGGAGCGCAAAGAUCGGCUGGUGGAGGAAGUUCGAAGACACUUUGGGUUCAAGGUUGACCCACGGGACGAGCGGUUCCAGGAGAUGCUGGCCCAGAAGGAGCGCGAAGACCGCAAGAAGGUGAAGGAUGCGAAGCGCAAGGAAAAGGAGGACAAAAUGAUGGAAAAACUGCAGAAGAAAACGGUGGAACUGGAAGCCGCCGAGGUGGACGGCGCGAGUGGGAAGAAACAGUGAACUCAUUAAACCUGGUCACCCUUGUUAGUGUGAACUUUUUAACCGGAUUGGUCUCUGUUGUCGUUCUGUAUUUUGGCUUCGUGUAGCUUAAAUUAACUAAAAUAAUUGCCACAGAGCUUUGUUAGCGUUGUCCA